CGAACACAAUCACAACCCAAUCAGAGAAACUUAGAGGACACACUGUUUCCAUGUUUAUAGAGGAACCUCGCUCUUCAUUCAAUUGAAGCAGGACAUCAAGUGCCUGAUGAACCAUGGGGCCGAGGCUCUCUCAUGGCGGUUGGCUGUGGGUGUUCAUGUCCCUACUGGGUGCUGCAGACUGCACUUACCACUGCCUCAGCAGCAGCAGUGACACACAACCUUUCCUCUCCUUGACCCAAACUCAGACUUGGCGGGUGGAAAGCGAUGGUGGUUGCCUGAAGCCCCUGUAUAACUUUGCCAAGCUUUUCCUUGAGUCAGUACAGCCAAAUCCUUUCCCGGAAGAUAUCAUCUCUACAGCUUUAAAGACUGAACAACUAGAUAUUCCACAGCUGGUUCGGUAUGAGGCUGGAUACAUAGUGUGUUUGCUCUUGGCUGUACUUUACCUGCUCGUGAUGUCAGUUGCCGGUGGAGUUCUUGCUUGGGGGCAUUUCCAUAGCAGGAAGGUGGAGUUGAAGAACACUCAGUCAUCAUCAUUAGCAUCCCUCUACCAUCAGGACAUCGGCGUGGCAGCUUGUCUUGUUCUUGUCAACAUUUUACUCCUGACAGGGGUGAUCCUGGCUUUCACCGUGAACAGUCGAGUCAGUGAGAACAUGCACCCAGGCCUGUAUCAUGUAGAGACCAGCGCCAGGAUCAUUGAAGACUCUCUAACUUCAAUUACACAGAAAAUGAAAGUCAUUAUGGAACAGUAUUCCAUUCCCAAAGCAGAAAUCUCAAGGGAAAUAAAUGAUGCUGACGACAUCGUUGGUGCAACAAUCAUCUCCUCUUUCAACACUGAUGUUGAUGAAGAUCUCACAGACUUAUCUGCCUCCAUCGAAGAUGCUAUUGGAACCUUUGAGAACCUGCAGCUGUAUCAGACGACCAGGACAGACCUGCAGGCCAAUCAAACGACCCUGCAGAACGGCAUCCAGGGACUACAGAGCCGAGUGGAGAGUCUGGGGAAAUGUCACACUUGUGACGUCCCCGACCCAAGCAACCUGACUACUGUUGCUAACUACUACCUGAUCCCCAGUGUGGAUGACAAACUGAAUGAUAUGCCACCUGCAUCCAGCCUCGCAGGCCUCAUUGAACAGGGGAACCUAACCUUCCAUGACAUUCCACAAAAGUGCUCAGAGCAAGUGGCUCCCACAAUAUCAGCUCUCAUGUCAGUGCUGAAUGAAACCCAAGAAGAGUUGCUGAACACCAGCCAUAGGUUCCCCUCGCUGGAGUCUCUCAUUGAGGCUGUGUCUGACUGUAAAACCACUGUGAGACGCUUUGCAGACCCAGUAGAUUACUACGACUUUGUCAGGUGGGCAGUGUCAUUGACACUCUGCAUGGUGAUGCUGGUCAUAGUGGUUCUGAUGGUGGCUGCUCUCUCUCUGGGACUGCCUGUGUUCUUCUACCCUACAAUUUACUCCACAUACCAAGAUGCUCGACUGGAACACAAAGCAAUUGGCCUGUAUAGAGCAGCUGUAGUAGCGAGCUCCGUGUUCUCCUGGCUUUUCAUCCUCUUGGUCUUUAUUGUGUUGUUUUUCGGGGGGAAUGCCCACACCCUGGGCUGCCGGAGCUGGAGCCAUGGACAGCUCUUUGGGUUCUUAGACCAGCAGAAUAAUAUUUUCAGCAGCCUAAACAACAGCAGUCAAGGCUUCAACACCAGUCAAAGCCUCAACACCAGUCAAAGACCCAAUAUCAGUCAAGAGACCAACUCUGAGACCCACCAAAUUCAGCCCAGCACCUCAGCAAUAUACCAUGGCUGUAAGAGUGGACAGUCAUUGUUCCACAGCAUGCACAUGGAGCAGCACUUUGAUCUGGAGGACUUCCUCAAUGCCAGCAAGUACUUGGAUGGAUUCAAUGAGACUGCUCAGAAUAUGUCAGUCAACCUGGAUGGCUUGAAACUGCUACCUGACAAUGGCAGACAGGGCCUGCUGAGCUUUAAACAGUGUGGGAUAGACAGCAUCAACUACCAUGAGCUAUUACUGCUGCUAAGCACACCAGUUGUGAAGACAGACCUUGGAGUAUUUGCCGAUGAACUGGAUAAGAAGGCAGAAGUUCCUGCAAAUGCUGGAAUUAAGGAAGAUUUGAAAAAAGAGGCAGAAACAACCAGAUAUCUGAACACCAUCGUUAAGCAACAGCAGACAAAUGCAGCAAAGAUGAGCCAAAUUGUGAGUGCCUUGAAGACUAUCAGCACAGUCUACAAGGCUAAUGUAGACAAAACUCUGGAAAGUUUGACCCAGACAGAAGUGGCACUCCAUAACCAGGUUCCUUACAUUGUGGGAAAUGUGUCUCAGUGUAUCAUGGAGAAAGGAGAACAAUCCCUGCUUCGGUACCUAGAUUGGGUCCGUCAUGCGAUCUUAUAUAAGGUCCUGGAUUGCCAUUGGCUUGCUGUGUCAAUGGACAAUGUGUAUACAGCAGUCUGUCUCAAUGUGGUUGAUCCAUUGAAUGCAUUCUGGCUGUGUCUGGGAUGGUGUUGUGCAUUCCUGGUCCCUGGAGUGAUCUUCAGCAUCUAUACAGCCAGGCGAUUAGAGAGGAUACAUUAAUCUUGCCUGAGAAGACAGAGAAUAUGAAAUGCCAUACAGAGAAAGCUGCAUCCAACAACUACAUGAGUUUAGAAGAAGUCCAUGAGAUGAGCAUGGUUUCUGAAUACAUCAAGAGCAAAAAAAUUGAAGACUAUGACACUUGAAUUUAAAUGCAAAAAAAUAUGAUACUAUAUUGAAAGCAAAAUGGUGGAGUUACCCCAUAUGGAAUCUUGUCGAUUAUAGUAAUAAUUUGUGUAACAACUCCUGACAUCCUGACAACGUUAGUUGUGGUAUCUAUCUCUAUGUGGUCUCGGGUAUCUAUUAUUUCAACUGGGCUAGCCAGCCUCUAUAAUUCAUCUGAAGCACAUGCCUAUUUAAUCAAAAGCUAAGGCCUAUUUAAUCUGAUAAAUUGGUUUAUUUGUUCCUAUGAGUUUUUUUUCUACUAAGUUUUUAUAAUGAAUAAAAAACGAAUACAUGUAUCAUACAAAUAAUUGAAUUACUAAAAGCAUUAGCUGUCUCAUUACUAUUAUCACUGUAGUUAUCCCUUAUAUCAUCAGCGCCGCUGGUGUAAUGGUAUCAUGGAAGAUUCCCAUUCUUUCGACCCGGGUUCGAUUCCCGGGCGGCGCACAUGUUUUAUUUCUUUGUUCUCGCCAAAUUCCAAUUCAAAAAUGAUUGUUAAGAAACUAAAAUAUGUAUUGAGUAAUAUAUCCACCAUCACCUAUGUAUGUGGAUGCUUUCAUCUCACAUGAGAGCAAACCAAAGAUUUUCAAAGGUCCAACUACUUAACCCACCCUGGCCCCACUCAAGGGGAGUUUAGUUUGGAUUUGCAAAAAAACACAUUCCCAAUUCACACUUGUAUAUAUGUGUGUAAUAAGACAAAUAUAAGCACAAAUUAUUAUUGUAGAAUUAUUGCA